CUUAUAGUUUCAUAUAUAUAGUAAUUGAUAUUUUGUAAAAAUGGACGAAGUAUAUUACGCUAACUCGACAGUGUAUGAUUAUGGGCCGAAGGAGUUUGCAAAAGGACUGGGACGUAUGUUCUAUGUGAUAAAUCCGAAAGAUACAGCGUUUGAAAAGCUGGAGGAUGUCCCUAAUUUUUAUGUCCAGGCAUGGCCAUAUUUCUUUAUGUUCAUGAUUUUGGAACACAUAAUUUUAAAGCUAGAAGGAAAGAAAGGUAUCCGUCUUAAUGACGGAAUAACGAGUCUCUCCAAUGGAAUGUUCCUAGAAGGCGGAAGGUUCAUAUGGCGCGGCGCCGAAGCAUACCUGUACACGUGGAUAUACGCGAACUACAGGCUAGUGGAGCUACCAUGGGACAACGUGUCUACGUGGCUGCUGGCGGCCCUGGGCGUAGAUUUCGGCUACUAUUGGAUGCAUAGAGCUUGCCAUGAAAUGCACGUGUUAUGGGCCCAGCAUCAGGUGCAUCAUACGUCGGAAGAUUUCAACAUGGGUGUCGGCAUCAGACAGUCCAUACUACAGGGCUGGUGCGGAUUUAUAUUCUACCUGCCUUUGGCGCUGCUGAUUCCUCCAGCCCAGUUCGUGAUGCACCACCAGUUCAGCUACCUGUACAUGUUCUGGAUCCACACUGAGACUAUCAAGACCCUCGGGCCUCUAGAGUACUUCCUCAACACGCCUAGCCACCACAGGAUCCAUCACGGAAGCAACCCGUAUUGUAUCGACGUGAACUACGGGGGUGUCCUCAUCAUCUGGGACAAGCUGUUCGGCACCUUUAGGCCAGAGAAGGAGACUGACCGCAUCGUCUACGGCCUAAUCUAUCAGCAGCCGUCAUUCAACCCUCUGCAUUUACAGACAUUCUACACGAAGUACGUGAUCCAGAGGUUCAAGGAAUAUGAGAAGUGGACCCACAAGUUCAGGGCCGUCUUCAGCAGGCCCAGCUGGAAGCCGGGGCAUAGCAUCCGCUUCAAGGAUAUGGAAGAAGAUCCGUCUCUGCACACUCGCGUGAAGUAUGACGUCAUCCUGCCGAAAUGGUGCACCGCUUAUCUUCUGAUGCACUACGCGUUCAUCAUGUAUGGAUUUUAUCAGCUGUUCUUGAUGCAUAUGGCCAUGCCAUCAACAACAGUGAUCAUCUUAACCCUUUACAUCCUCGGCUCUCUAACAGUCUUCGGCAUGAUUCUGGACGCCUCCCCCCGCGCCCCACUCCUCGAGACAAUCCGCUGCGUGACCACAGUCUUCAUCAUGCGGUGGUUGACCGUCAACCCGCUGGUUCAGGUCUUGUACAUCGUCUCUGGCUUGUUCUGGUUCGUUUUUGUCUACAACACUGUGGAGAUCAAGGCCACUAAAUAUAGCGAUAAGGAUUAAACAA